CAUUUGGGAAACACUGAUCUAGUCUGACCCCCUGCACAGUGCUGAUUUGCUGGAGAUGACCAGGGGGAUGUGGUUGGGGGGUUGGAUUUUUUUCAUAGUUUUUUUUUUUUAUUUUUGUUAUUUCUCUGGUACACGAUCACCUGCUUCCAGGCCCCAGGGCUGAAAUCCCGGCUCUCUUCCGUGCUCACGAAACCUUGCCGCCUUGCUUGGAGUUUGCUGCGCCUUUCCAAGUGUGCCGAGACCACCUCGUCCUCCCCCGGCCUGGCCCCAGCGUUGCAUUGGGUCCCCUGGUGCCUGCCUCUUGCCCCCCGCCGCCGCCGCCCAGGGUCCCCCCGCCGCCGGACCGAAACUGACCAGGGGCCGGACUCCGCGGCAGCUGCUGCGUGGCUAAUCGGCAGCAUGUGACAAACCCUAUUUUACUCCUCCCCCUAGGACCGGCUCGCCGGCCAGCCAGACGAGAUCCGAGCAACAGCAGCGGUGGCGGCAGCCUGCACACGCUCCCCUGACACAACUUCGUGCUAGGAUGGGAAGGAAACUGGAUCUUUCCAAGCUAACCGAUGAAGAGGCCAAGCACGUUUGGGAUGUGGUUCAACGGGACUUUGAUCUGCGGAAGAAAGAGGAAGAAAGAUUGGAGGACCUGAAAUGCAAGAUUGAAAAGGAGAGCACCAAACGGGAGCUCCUGUCUGAUCAGUCCCACCUCAACGAGACCCACUGCGUCCACUGCCUGCAGCCCUUCAAGUUUCUGGUGAACAGCAAGCGCCAGUGCUUGGACUGCCACUUCUACACCUGCAAGAACUGCAGCCGCUACCACAAAAAGGAGCAAGCCUGGAUCUGUGACCCCUGCCGCUUAGCCAGGGUUGUGAAGAUUGGUUCCCUGGAGUGGUAUUAUGAGCACGUGCGAUCCCGUUUCAAGCGGUUUGGAAGCGCGAAAGUGAUGCGGUCGCUCUACGGCAGGCUGCAGCACGGGCAGAACAUGAAUCCAGCAUUGCUAGGUGUCCACGACAGAGUUUACAGCUUGCCAGACAUCAACCGGGAGUGCCAGUGGCGCGCCGGCAGCGGGGUGGGCACGGAGAGCGAGGACGAAGACGCUCUCGUGGACGGCGCAGAAGCUGAGCACUACACGAGGAUGCGCAAGACAAAGCGCCUGCUGUCUGUCCACCCCUUUGAUUUUGAGUUGGACUCAGAAUAUUCUGCUCAAUCACGUCGUCAGUCUAUGCAGCUUUCGCAAACUCCGGUCAACCAGGAUGGCUUCCAGCCGUUCCCAGAUUUCCCAGAUGCCGGGGAGGACCCCUCCCGGAAGGAGACGAUGGUCGCAGAGGCAGACCUGGCUGCCGUGUUCCACCAGAUCCUGCAGGAGCAGGGGCAACACGUCACCCCUCCAGAGCAGGAGUUUAGCACCGAGCUCCGGCUGACCGUGAACUCCCAAAGGAAGAGCAUGGAAAGAAAUCCCAAACUCGACAGCCCAUGGAACGAGAGGCACCGACCCCAGUACUCAGCGGAUAUGGACACUUCCGAUGACGACAUCAAGGGAGCCCAGAAGUUCCCUGUCUACCAGACCCACCACGUGAAACGCAGGAACAGAGCCUCCUCCCAGGAGAAUAUAAACUACUCUGGAAACCAGUCUCCGGCCCCUGAGUCCCACACCGAUCCCGAUGUGGAAGAGGAGGAACUGAAGAGGAAGCUGGAAGAGUUAGCCAGCAACAUCAGUGACAAAGAAGAUUCUUCUGAGGAAGAGGAGGAAAGGGGGAAGGAUGAACCACAACCGGAGAUGAGUUCCUACAGCAGUGACCUGCCCAGUAAUGCUCAGAAGGUAGCGUGUAUCCUACCGUCUAAAAUUCAGUUCCCGUUUUCACGUCGGUCUCCAUAUUUCCAUUUCUGUUCCUACUCUUCCUUUCCUCUUAACAUCCUACCGGACAAGGCCCCGCGAGACGUGGAGGAACGUGCGCGGCACAGCGGGACCACUGACUCGGAGCUGUCGGAGCUGGAGGACAAAGUGGCCUCCACGGCCGUGCAGGUGCAGCAGGCCGAGAGCGAGGUGUCCGACAUAGAGUCUCGGAUCGCGGCGCUGACCGCUGCGGGGCUGACUGUGACCCCCGUGGAAAAGCCAAAGAAGAAAUCCAGCACACAGCUGUUCAUGCUCCAGCCUCCCAGGACUGCUGGGAGCAGCCCGGGGGAUCAAAGUACGGACUCUUCGGAGAUGGCGUUGCCCAGUGACUUCAGAGUGAGUCCUCGGGGGGUACCUUGCCGUCAGGUGUCCGACAUAGAGUCUCGGAUCGCGGCGCUGACCGCUGCGGGGCUGACUGUGACCCCCGUGGAAAAGCCAAAGAAGAAAUCCAGCACACAGCUGUUCAUGCUCCAGCCUCCCAGGACUGCUGGGAGCAGCCCGGGGGAUCAAAGUACGGACUCUUCGGAGAUGGCGUUGCCCAGUGACUUCAGAGUAAUGUCUAUGCCACAGGUGUUAAGGAGAAAAUUCAACAGUUCUCUUCAAAUGGCCGACGGCGAUGAAUCCUUUGACCGGAACUCCAUGUACCGAGGCUCCCUGACGCAACGGAACCCCAACGGGAAGAACAGGAAAGCCGAUCGCAUCUUCGCGAAGCCUGUGCUGACCCAUCGACCCUGAAGACGACGGAGCCUCCUGACAUUACACCCCCGACCUGGCCUCAGCUUAGAGCUUCGCCUUUAUUUCCUUCAACGCCUUCUCAUCCUACCGGUGCCAGGCAGAGCAGAGGAGGCAGGCCGGGGGGCGCGUACGCAGCUGGGACGCCACCUUGCAACCGAGUGCAAGUCGGAACGAGCAACUCGCUGCCCGUUCCUGACAGGAUUUCCAGCCCACGGUGUCUGGCAAAGCAGCCCCAGCAGACACCCCGCGCCCCCACGUCUCUUCCGCGAGUCUCCGCUGCUGUGACACGAGGGCCCCUGUGUGCAUUUGGCAGCAGCCCUGGCCUGGCCGGGUGCUCUGAGGGGUUGACUCACUGGUAUAACUCAGAGUUUUCACGCUGACGUUUGCUUUCCUCUUGCAGAGACGCCAGGGCAGGCCCAUAAAUAUUAACAGGUUUCCAGGGGAUUUAAGGAGACCACUCACCCGCUGCCUCAGAGGGGGCUCGUCUGGCUAAUACCUGGCCCAGCGCUGUGCAAAUGUAUUGCAAAAUCACUCCCCAGUGGUCCCAGCUCUGCCCAUCACUCCUCCUGCCCCCCAAUGGGCAGGAGCAACAGAAGGUCCCUAAAAACAGGAGGCCACCAGUGGCCAAACCAUGGCCCUGCCCUCGCCCUCCUUCUGAGCCCUUGCCCUGGCAUCGCCUCUUCCCCCAGGCUCACCUUGCUCCUCUCCGCCCCCCUCCCUACAUUCCUCGAACCAACACUCCUCUCCAUGGGUCCAGAGGGAGCCGUCGCACAGGGAGAGAAGUGACAGUGUAUUUAAAGUGUCUCUGAGUGUAGCCACCUACUGCCGGUGCCUGGUAUUCCAGGUCUGCGGGCCGUCAGACACAGAAUGCAGGAAGGUUGGUCACUGCUAAAUGCUUGCAAACCAUCUGGACAAAGAAGGAGGUGAUGGACACCCCAGUAUUCAAGUCCUUCCAGCCAGGACCAAAAUCUCCAACAGAACCCGGUUCCAAAAAAUGUUGGGAGUAGGGGUGCCAGUCCAGUGGUUUUGUUUCAAUAAAGCCAAACCAUUUCGUUCCCAUUACGACUUUCAAAUGUUUUUAAUACGCAGUUGUUCAAAUGUUAUUGGGGACUGAAAAAAAUCGAAAUGGGCUAUUUUGACGUUAUUAAAAUCCUUCAUGGAAUGGGGAAAUUUCAUCACAAUCGACAUGUUUUGCAAAUCAUUUGGAUUUGGUAACAAAUGGGGGAGUGGCUUAAAAAAAAAACCCUUUUGAUGAAAAUGUUAAGCUCCACUCAUGACUAAGUAGGAGUAGUUGUAUCCUAAACCUAAUGUUUUAUACUCUUGGGCAUGUUUGCAGAAAUGACCCAAUGUGACUUCUCCACAGCUGUAGCAUCUUUUUUAGUAUAAUUCAUCUAGAAGUUACGUCAGGCGUGGUCUGAGGCGGGCUGCAGCAGCUGGCACUCCAGGCGGAAUGCAAGAGCGGCGCCCCCGCCUGCACGGCCAUCAAUGGAGCGAUGUCAUCAUCAGGCGCCCUGUGACAUCAUCACCGGGCACCCCGUUGAAGGCGGCUCCCUAGGCAAUGGCCGAGUUGGCCUAUAGUCACAGGCUGCCCGAGUUACAUGCCAUCUCAAAUUCCCUUCAUGUCAAGUCACUUCCAUUCUCACUAGCGUGAGAUCUUGAUAAACUUAAAAAAACAACCAGUGGUCUGGUAGCACUUUCUAGACUCACAAAACAUGGAGAUGGGAUCAUGAGCUUUUGUGAGCACAGCCCACUUCUUCAGAUGACCCAAUCUUCAGAUUUUGAGUUCUCUCUAAGAGGGCAUAGGCCUAUGCCAUUCCAAGAAAUGGAGUCUAGUGAAAAUAAUUAGCCCUGUUUUAGGAACAACUUCCAGCCACAGACAUGUCACCACAGCACCUUGCAAAAAAAAUGAAAUGACCGUUUGUGGAUCUCUCACCGCGGAGCAGACAUCAAGCAUAACCCCGUGACUUAGAUCCUCAGAUGGCAAAAGGCAACUUGGGCUAUGUCUAGACUGCAGGCUUCUUUCAGAAGAAGCUUUUCUGGAAGAGAUCUUCUGAAAAAACUUCUUCCAAAAGAGAGCGUCUACAGUGCAAAAGCACAUUGAAAACGCAAUGUUUUCGAAAGGUAGCGUCCACACUGAAUGGACGCUCUCUCGCAUUUAAACUGUGAUUGCUAUGGAUGGGGGGGCCACCCGGGCUUUCUCCUUUUUCCUCUUCUUCCGAAAGAACUCCCUCUUCCCCAUCCACACACAUGCCUUUUUCCAAAAGAGCUCUUUCAGAAAAGGCUUCUUCCUCGUAGAAAGAGGUUUACCAAUGUCGGAAAAACCCUCUGCUCUUUCAAUUUUUUUCUCGAAAGAACGCGAUUGCAAUGUGGACAUAAGUGAAGUUUUUUCGGAAACAUGGCCAUUUUCCCAAAAAAACGCUGCAGUGUGGACAUACCCUCGAUGGAAUGAGGCAGAUCUCUACCAUCAGGAGUUGGCCCGGUGUUUUUUAAAGCCAAAUACAGAACCGCCUUGCCUAGAAACACAUCCUCUGCAAUCCACAGUUCCACGUUUGGUUCCAGUCCCAGCUUCUCCGCAUCUCAUGACAACCCUCAAUAAUGUAAAAUAAGGCAGUGUUCAGACUGUAGUAUCCCGGGCCAUUUUUACCUAUCGGCUUUUAUCCUCCUCUGUCUCUCUAUUGCUGUACAUAUGUGACGUCAUGCAAUAAAGCUGAGAUUGCGUGAGGAG